AUGGGCCCUAGCGGCAGUAAGGCUAUAAAAAAAUAUCACUAUGUGGGCAAAAAUACCUCCAAAAAUGCUUUUACAGAUAGGUUGCACCCUAUUGAAACUGAGGACGUGGUGCUCCCACGUAAAAGAGUCACCUACAGGGCAAAACCUGUGCGGACUUGGAAGAGGACAAAAGCCCUGUCUGAUUCGUCCGACUAUGAUUCAGACUCAGAGGAGGUUUCUGACGUGUCCGAUGCGAUCGAUCUUGUUUACACGGAGAACUCAUCUCCUGAACGCAGUGUGACUGCGACACCAGCUAUGGAAGCUAGGCAGGAAGCGGACAACUCCGCUAUCUAA